AUGUCGAUAAAUUACUUUACUGAUGUGGAUCCAUGGUCUGAGGAAGGGAGGAAGGAAGAGAGUCUUCCUGUGGCACUUGGUAACUCUAUACAUACCACUGCAGAUAGUGCUGGAAACAAUGGAACUAGUGAUGUGUCAAACAACUUGAAUUUGUUCAAUGAAUUAAACACUGCAUCCUCAAUGAUGGACUCGAUGCUCGGUAGUGUCGAACCUAUUGUGGAUAGUGGAUGGGGGAAUUACAAUUCUUCAAGUAUAAUUGCCAAUAACAAAUUAGACUUAAGCACAACUACCAAGGAUUUGAACAAAUUGAAGCUAACCCCAAAUACCAACAGUGAACAAAUUGACGAGUAUGAAAGCGAAAGUAAUGAGGAAGAUCUGGUAAAGCCUGCUGAAGUCAAGGUCUGGUCAGACGAGGAGAUAAAGUCCUUCAACCCAUUAAGCUUGAAAAAUUCACUGGAUGGGAUUUCGAUAACUGUAAAAGAAAUACCCGAAAAGCAAGGCUUGGUUUUCAAGCAUAUCAAUUAUCUGAUUUCUCAUACUCUGAAAUUUGGAUCUGAGUAUAAUAUUCCCGAAUCAAAGAAGAGGCCGUCAAAUGAAGAUGAAAAUAUAACUAAAGUCAUCAGAAGGUACAGCGAUUUCGCUUGGUUGGUUGAGGUCUUAUGGAAGAAGUAUCCCUUCAGGUUGAUUCCCGAGUUACCCCCUAAAAAGUUUACAUCUUCAUCGAAUGAUGUUGUUUUCCUUCAAAAGAGAAGGCGUGGACUACAGAGGUUUUUGUAUCAACUAUGCAAACAUCCCAUUCUUUCCAAGGAAAAUUUGGUUGUGAUGUUCCUAACAGUUCCAAAUGACUUUUCUAAUUGGAAGAAAUUCGCCAAUAUUGAGUUGAAUGAGGAAUUUGACGGCGUCAGGCUAAAUUUGGCCAGACGAUUCAAGCUAGAUGUUUCAGAUAUUAUGAAAGGUCUCAAAGAUGAGGAAAGUGAUUUUGAUGACAUUGAUAAUGAGGAUAACUACGAGGGGAGAACUGAUCCUCUUUUGAAGACCAGGAAUGAGCUCGUCAUCAAUAGCAUCAAUCAAUUAUGGAACGAAAGCCCAAUGAAUUACAAAGACAAAAAUUUCAUCACCAAUGUUGCAAAAAUGAAUGACAAUUUGACAAGAUUGGCGGAGACGUGGUCUAAAAUUUACGUGCUAGUGGAGAGAAUUGAAAGGAGAGAACUUGCAUUAUCUGUUGAUCACCAAAGGUUUUCCAACUUAUUGGAGAGUUUAUCCAAAGUAGAUGGCGAGGUAUUCAAUAUGGAGGAUAUAUUAAAUACCAAGAGUGGCCGAGCCAACAAUGAAAUACAUAAUAUGUCGAUAAUUAAUUCAAUUAUGGGGCAAAUAUCGAAGUUUUUCGUCAAUUCGAAAAAGUUAAAGGAAGAAGAAGUGCAAAUAAUCAACAAUGAUGUGUUUGAAUCCUUCAAGCGAUUUCAAGAUUAUUACAUCAGCUUACACUUUCUCAUUGAAAGGCUGAUGAAUUUCAAGUUGGAAACGGAAAAGGAGAUUCAGAGCUUGUUACAAAGAAUCAUACGAGCAAUAGAAAAAAUCAAACAAUGUCGAUCCAGAUCUGACAUCAAAGGUUCGGAAUUUGAGAGACACGUGGACAUAUUAACCGAGUCAAUGGAUAAGUUGAAUAUGUUUAUUUCCAAGAUUAUAUUAGUAAAGACCAGUUUUGCAAAUGAACUGAAAUUGUUUCAAAAGGUUAAGUACCUUCUCAGUGAGAUUUUCCAAGACUGGUUUGAGCAACGGAGUAAGUAUUCUGAAAUACAGGAUGGGUAUGUUCAAAGAUUAAUGGACGAUUUGAGAGAUAUGCCUUUAGGGACUUAA